AUGAAGUUACAAAUUUGUUUCGGACUUUUUCUGGGGCUAGGAAUUGCCGCGUGUGUUCUUGCGCUAAUAUCAAAAUAUAUCGUGUUACCCAAGACUGUUAAUGAUGAAAUAGGCGAGGCUGUUGCGCUGGUGAAUGGCACAGGUGCGUACGAUAGGUGGAAAACAAUACCACUACCAAUUAUUUAUAAGGCAUAUUUUUUCAAUGUCACAAAUCCUGAUGAUGUCAUGCAGGGGGAAAAACCUAUUCUGCAAGAGGUUGGACCUUACGUCUAUAAACAAUACAGAUCUAAAUUCAACAUAACGGAGGAUGGAGACACGCUAUCGUACAAUGAGCACCAACUUUUUGAAUUCGAUGAGAAUUCUUCGUAUCCCCUCACCGAUUCGGAUGCAAUUCGUAUCGUCAACCUGCCUCUGAUGGCGAUGAUUGCCACAACGGAACGGGAAGUCCCACCCCUCCUUCAAGUUCUCGAUCGAAUGAUCCCGAAAAUUUUUAACAACCCGAAGGAUUUGUUUCUCACAACGACACCCAGGAAUUUUCUAUUCGACGGAGUCAUUUUGACCUGUGAUACCAAUGAUAUUGCUCUUAGAAUAGUGUGUGGGGUGAUCGAAAAGCUUGCGCCGCGGACGAUUGUCAGACGUGAUAAAGGGAACUUCAAAUUUUCGCUUUUGAGUUAUAAAAAUGAUACGGAUGAAGGGACAUUCGUCGUGAACAGUGGAAAAACCGACCCCAAAAUGGUGGGUCAAUUAUCCUCAUGGAAUGGCUACAGCAUGACGAAUGUGUGGCUGGCUAACAGUUCCUGUAACGCAAUAUAUGGAUCGGACGCUACUAUUUACGCUCCAUUCCAAACUACUGAGUCUAUCGUAAACACAUUCUCGGUCGAUUUAUGCCGGCCAGUAUCCUUGGAGUAUUUAGAAGCCAUUGAAUACUCCGGAAUCGAUGGAUUGCGAUUUAUAGCGAGGAAAUCGACUUUUUCGUCGCCGCAGAAGGAGCCUCUGAAUGAGUGCUACUGCCUAAACAAGACUAGUGGAAUAUUGGGGAAUGAUAAGUGCCUGCUGGACGGGGCUUUAGAGCUCUUAACAUGCCACGGAGCGCCCAUUGUCUUCACCCAUCCCCAUUUCUACUUGACCCACGAGGUAUAUCAGAGAGGUGUUCAGGGGCUCAACCCCAUUCCUUCGAAGCAUCAAAAUUACAUUGACUUACAGCCCAAUACCGGAGCUCCUUUGAGAGGAAGUAAACGCGGCCAAUUCAAUAUCUUCUUGCGUCAAGUUGACAAGGUGUCCCUGACUUCGGGUCUGAAUACAACUCUCAUGCCCAUUCUAUGGUUCGAUGAGGGAGUGGAACUCAGUGAUGAAUUUGUUGAUCAAUUAAAAACCCAGUUGUUGGAUAAUCUGCGGUUGCUUGAUAUAGUCAGCUGGGCAGUUUUCGCCUUCGGUGGCGCCAUCUGCAUUGUUAGUCUCAUCGCGUUGUUUUGUUGUUGGGGAGCGAAGAAGAAGUAGAUAGCGAGAUUCGUCGAUAUUUUUUCACUUUUAAAUAAUUGAAUAGACCAGCCGUGCCAUGUGACGAUAUAUUCCACGAGAAAAUAAUAUUAGAGGAUUAUGUUGGAUUAUUUAUAU